CUCCGUCCGCAGUUCCCGGGUGGGCCAAGUGAGGCUCCGGGAAGCUUCCAAGUGUCCUUACGGAGACAGAAGGGUUUGACUAGGUUUCUUUGGGACACUGGGCCUCGUGAUUCCCAAGGGCACAGAAAGACUCGCGGAGGAGAACGCUGACCAGCAGCGUUAGUCCGGCGGCGAACCCGAGACUGGGCAGUGGAAAAGCCCCUCUGUCGCCUUUAACGCAAGCGGAGGCCUUAACAUUUUUUCCCCACCCUCCUUGGGCUGUUUAGAAAACGUGGAUGAGCGGAUUUCCGUAGAGCCGGAGGGGAGGGGCGCGCGUCAGCCCUGCGCAUGCUCAGUCUCUCCCAAUUCUAGCUCGCCUUGUUUGGCGCGGUGCGGCGGGUGCGCAUCCUACGGUCUCUCAUGGCGGCUCCCGGGACGCCAGGGCGGCAGGUCUUGAAAGAUGUAGUGGCAUACGUUGAAGUCUGGUCAGUGAAGGGAACAGAAAAUUACUCAAAGACGUUUACAGACCAGCUCCUGGAUAUGGGGGCGAAGGUUUCAAAAACUUUUAAUAAACAAGUGACUCAUGUUGUAUUCAAGGAUGGAUACCAGAGCACUUGGGACAAAGCACAGAAUAGAGGUGUGAAGCUCGUUUCAGUGCUCUGGGUCGAAAAAUGCCGGACAGCUGGAGCACACAUCGAUGAAGCACUCUUCCCUGCAGCUAACACUAGGGAACACCUACCAAGCCUAAUUAAAAAAAAAAGGAAGUGUAUGCAGCCCAAAGAUUUUAUUCCUAAAACACCGGAACAUGAUAAAAGGCUUCAGAAGAAAUUUGAGAAAAUGGCUACAGAGCUACAAAGGCAGAAGAGAAGUCUGGAUAAUGAUGUACCUGUCCUCUUAUUUGAAUCUAAUGGCUCAUUGAUGUAUAGUCCCACAAUUAAAAUGUGCAGCGGCCAGCAUAGUCUAAUGGAGAGGAGAUUACAGGAGAUGAAGGAGAAAAGGGAGAACCUCUCCCCUACCUCUUCGCAGAUGCUUGAAAAGUCUCAUGAUAACCCAGCUAACUCCCCAUGUGAAGCUUCUUGGAACAUUUCACAUGAUACUUUGUGUUCAGAUGAAUCCUUUGCUGGUGACCUGCACUCAUCUCUUGAUGAUCUUUUUGGAAACGCGAGAUGUGGAAGUCAGGAAGGGAAACUGGAAGGAAUUAUGGAUGAAAUUAAAAGUGAUGUGUGUGUUUCUUCACCUGCACUGGGAACAGGGAGCAUCCAUUCAUCAGCAUCUCCCGGUUACCUCAGUCAGUUAACACCUCGGAAACCCAUGGGUAGUCUUUCCAAAGAAGAGAUUCUUCUGCCAGGAGAUCCUGCGGGUGAGGUAGUCACCCCGGACAAGCAGGGAGCAGCCAGGAUGGUGUUUGACGAGAAACACAGCUUGUCCCCUAUGUUAUCUGCAACCAAACGCCGCCCUUCGGGACAUUCACGAUCCAAGAGCUCCUCAGCAAAGAGAAAAAGAACAUCUGAGAACUCAGAUGCACCCCGCGAAGAGAGACUGAAGAAGAAGAGGUGCGGUGGGAAGCCUGCCGGGCCGCGGGUGCAGCUGUGGACAUCAGGAAGCCACCUGCAGCUCCCAGCUGGGCCUGCUGUUGAGACUCCUGGUUGUGGGGUGUCCUCGUACGAUGAUUAUUUUUCACCUGAUAAUCUUAGGGAAAGGAGUUCAGAGGCUCUUCUUCCUGGAUUUCAGCCAUCUUCAGGCCUUGCUCGGUUCAGCUGCAGGGGAGGUCUUUCUCAGAGGGAGAGAAGAAACCUACUGCAGAUGGCUGACUUUUCCUGCAUUGGUAAAAAUCCCAGGUCAGUUGACAUGACCAAUGUAACAGCAAAAACUAGCUGCGGUCUUCAGAAGCCUACACAGCACACAGCAGACAUGAUAUGGGGUUGCCUGACCUCUGAGGGAAUGUGUGCCGCUGAAGGAACCCCAGGCUGUUGUCAGCAGGCUGGUGCUCAGAGAAGAGCAGGCCCGCGUGCAGGAGGGAACAGAUGCUGUCAUGUGGAUGAUGAUCCCACUCUGCCGCAGGGGCAUGGACGGGAGGGACUUGAUGGCGAUUUCACUCCUCUGGAAGGGAGCAGCACGGAAAUGAAAGAAUUGCUGGACGUGAGAAGCGUGCAGAAAGAAGAUAGCACUUCUCGAAUGUGGAAUUCAUCUGACGGUGAAAAGCAGCGUGAUCAUGAGCUCGAUUUUGUGGGUGAUCGUACUGUGGACAAAGCUACAGAAGGAAGGGAACCGUCAUCCAGUGGACAUGAUGGAAGUGUUAAAAACGGACCAACGAGGCAUGAUGUUUUCGAUGGCUCAUUAGAAGCCUGUACGGACCUCACCAGACCUCAUGAAGAAUCAAAGAAAAGAGGGAAAGCCCAAAAGCCAACAAGAACAUUAGUCAUGACAAGCAUGCCAUCUGAGAAGCAGAACAUCAUCAUCCAGGUGGUGCAUAAAUUGAAGGGCUUUUCAUUUGCCCGGGAAGUGUGUGACACUACUACUCAUGUGCUCGCCGGGAAUCCUCUGCGCACCCUGAACGUGCUGCUGGGAAUCGCGCGUGGCUGCUGGAUUCUCUCUUAUGAAUGGGUACUGUGGUCUUUGGAACUGGGUCACUGGAUUUCUGAGGAACCGUUUGAACUUUCUAACUACUUCCCUGCAGCUCCUCUCUGCCGCCUGGAGCGUGGUCUGUCUGCAGGGCAGUACCGGGGAACCCUGUUUGCCGACCAGCCGGUGAUGUUCAUCACCCCAGCCAGCAAUCCCCCCAGAACCAAGCUGCGGGAACUGGUCCUCCUGUGUGGGGGUCAGAUCACGCGAGUCCCACGCCAGGCCGGCAUCUGCAUCGGACCCUCCCAAGGAAAGAGGAAGGCAACCACCAAGUAUCUGUCAGAAACAUGGAUCUUAGAUUCAGUCACUCAGCACAAGGUCUGUGCCUUUGACAACUACCUGUUGCUGCAAUGAUGGGCCCAUCAGUCAACACCACGGGGCUGCUGCCAACAGCUCACAAAGUUGUCUUUGGACAUUCACAUGAGCAAACACUCAAGAGAAGGGAUGGAUGCAGAAACGAUGCCUUUUUAUAUCAUCACACGUGUGCCUUGUGGUUUUUAUAUAAAGAAGCUCCUCCAUGUGACUUUCUGAUGACUGAAUGUGUGCUUUACAGAAGCACUGACCAGCCCUAUUUGGGCCUUUUCUAUGCAAUGCCAAUCUUAGUAUUUUAGUGAUGAUCACGAUUAAGAGGUCAUAGAACCUUGGUCAUGGAAGCACCAUACUGUUAAAUAAAGAGUGGGAAUUCAUUUAAGUUGUUUUAUUACUGAGAGCAAAGAACCCCUUAAGUUUCUUGGUUGGACUCGAAGAUCUUUACUGACAUGUCAUAUCCUAGUACAAAGGAUAUCAAUCAGUUACUAGGGUUACUUUUUACCUACCUGAGAUUCUUCUCAAAGUAAUUAAUGAAAACAGGUGUGGGAGCUUUGCCGUAAUUAAUGCCACCAGAGGAGCCCUACUUCUCCAGGUUAGUUUAUGGUGAGGAGAGCAUUACCAACAAGAGAUCAUGGCCUCUGCUGGCUGUACAAUGCUUGCCAUUCCUUAGAGGAAAUUGGCAGUGGGGCUGAAUCAUAUACACACUGGUCCCCUUCUAAAGGAGAGAAAUGCUAAGUCCCAACAAGGCUGGAGGUAGCACCAAGACUUCCUCCUGAUACUAUACCCUCCCCAUGUUAUCUGUUCCUCAUCUCCGCUGUUACUCCAACCUUAAUAAAUUUCAAGUCCCUCAACAAAUAUAGUGGAACAGCUUCUAGAAUAAACCUUCAGAGAAGGAGAUAGCAAUGCACAAGGAAAUGAGUUUCCUCUUAAUUUUAAUAUAAUCUAUGCUCCAAACAAUCCCCUCAACUCAGCAGGCACCAGUCCCCUCCUUCCAAGUUAUAAACCCUGUUUCACUAUGUCCACAGGCAUUGUGGGCUUGGCUACUUUGAAGCUCAGGUACUUUGGCAGAGCUCCCACAACACCAAAGAUUCCUGAGGAGGCUGACGAAAAUUGUGCUGACUCUUGUUGGGGACCAUCCCCUACCCCAUCAGCCACAGACGACCACCCAGGUCUGCAUCUCAGUGCCAAGUUCUGAUCCCUAAUGCUGGCCUGCCUGCCAGUGGCUGGUUGAGAUUCUUUCUGAAAGGUAACAUUUUAUGAGGGUGCUGAUUUGUGUCAGGAAUUACACAAAGCAUUGUAUAUGUGGUACUUCAUUUAAUCUCCUAACAAUCCCAGAAGUCAGUAGCUAUAGGUCUGUAAUCCCUUACCUAAAACAUAGUCCCAGAACUCUAAUUUUUUUUUUAAUUUUGAAAGGUAUGUGGCUCUCAGCAUUUCUAUAUAAGAUUGUAUUGCUGAUUACACUUAGAGAAGGCAGCAAGAAAAAGGAAUUAAGGCAUGAAGAUUUGAAAUGAAGAAGUAAAACUAUUCUCAAAGGUUACUAUUACAUAUAGAACAUUAUAAGGAAUCAAAGAUAAUACCGAAUGAAUAAGCAAGGUAAGCAAGAUUUACAGGAUACAAAAUCAAAAUACAAGCACUGGGUGUUAUAUGCAAACAAUGAAUCAUGGA